AUGCCCACAGCGGUCUCUAAUCGCAAUAACUACUAUACGGCGCAUCAUCGCAGACAGUCUGGUCAAUCUCAGACAUCUCUUCAAGAUCAGUUGAGAGGCCAGCAUCCACACCCACCGUCGGCCGAUUCCCCACAGGCCUACCUGCCGUCCACUUCUUUUUCACAAUCCACUUUACCCCCACUGGCCGAUCUCCAUCAGUCCAACGAGCUGCAAAAUCCGACGUCGAACCUUUCGGUAGGCUACGACGAGGCUUCGGGUGAUCCUGACGAUUUCUAUCGGCAGUACCAUGAGGGGCAAGAACCGUCCAAAGGGUUGCACCAAGACGCAUUACGCACCGCCAAUUUGGAUGAUAAUCCACUAUCACGGACACGAAAGUCAAGUGUGGCGUCAACCGCCUCUCAAGACAGACAUGCGCCCAGAACCUCCAAGAAUUCGGUUGGUAGCCGACGAUCUCUUCAACCAAAUGGCAGCAGGCCCGCUGUGCGGAAGUCGUCCUUCAAGGACCUGGUCGCUCGCUUCGAUGCGUCUCCAGAUGAUAUUCCACCAGUACCGUGGCCGGUGCCCGGAUCCAGAAAGGCAAGCCCAGUUAUGACAGUAGGCCCACAAGGUAACACUUGGAAACACGCUGCAAGUGCGUCAAUGGCACAGCAAAGUCAUGUUGCCGCCGCACCAGCGCAACAGACGAAGAAACAGCGUCCACUAUUUGGAGAGGUGCUUCCUGGUGUCGCCACAAGCAAUGCUGCAGGCUAUGGGAUCGCCAAACCUCGGCGGAGGCGAGGCUCCGAAGGCUCUCCCAUGCACAGUCCUAACCCCAUGUUUCCGGACAACGGGCCAACUUUUCACGCUCCUGCACAGUUGCAUCAAUCCCAGCCUACCAAUGGUGAUGAACGACGGUCCCAAUUCCCGGUCGAGUCCGCUCACCGACGCGCCGUCUCCGAUCUCUCACCUGUUGACUCGUCAGCUGCGCCUCGGUCUUCACAACCUCGCGAAGCCGGACUGUCUGCGCUCGGAAAACUCCACGGCCGCCAGCUCUCUGCAUCACGCAUUCCUGUUAGUUCUCGCCGCCUCAGCCUCGACUCUGGGUCUGGGACAUCGACACCCUCUUCUCGGGCUCAGUCAAAGGCUGGCCAUUAUCCGGCCAUCAAUGCACCUAGUUCAAGAUCGAAGAUCCCCACUCCAUCCAGUGUCAAGACCGCACCCAGCUCAUUCAACCAGAAGACUCGCGCUCCGAACCAGAUCCGAAGUCCUGGGCGGCAGGGACGAAACAUCAAUGCAACUCAUAGUCAAAAAAGUCCAUCGCUAAGAGCCAACAUCAUUGCUCCACCUCCCAAAAACUCGCCACCUCUGCGUAGCUCCCGGCCACGACUUCCUGUGUCAUCCGCAAGCACAGCAGCCUCUCGUGCCAAAAUUGCGGAGCGAUUUCAAGCAAUGGCGAAAGAGCAGACUGAUUUAAGGGCUGCGUCACGACGCGCCCGCCCGCCCGAGUUGUCUGAUAUAGAUCUGAAACAGCGUCGAUUGAAGAUCACCCAGGCUCUGAGUAGAUCGCGAGAAGGACAGGACCUGCGGGGCGAGAGACCUGUAUCGAAGCGAAGAUCUGGAAGCGCAACUCCCUCUCUGUCAGAGCCAGAGAGAGGCCAAGAGGUAUACAGCCCUUCUAACAUCCCAGCAGUCGUUGUAGAAGGCGCCAGUUUUGCCGACGAUGGCGAUGUGUUCACAACACCUGAUGAAGCUACAGCUCCCUCAAAUAGUCAGCUGACUCAGGCAGCGCUGUCUACGUGGGGCAUGCCGGGGAGUUUCGAUGACGGGUCUGAUUCCCCGACUCUAGGUUCAGCUGAAGGUGGGACCGAAUUAGAUUUGCCCCAACUACAAAUUCCUCAGGCUCAGCGCCGCCCAGACCGGGACGAAAACUCAGUCCUAGCGCAAGGAACUGCUGGUACAACAUUUGACGCCGAACCACAAGCUGACACCAGCGACCUCGAAUCCGGUCAACACUCGCUCUUCCACCAAAUUCGGAGCAUCCGCGAGCCAAGCUCUGCAUCCUCUCCAUCUGGUAUCUCACCUUCGGAAGGCCAGACGCUGGAUCGUACUGAUGCCGAAUCGGUCAAUCUUGUGUUGCGGAACACCACGUAUAUGGACGAGGAUGAAGCGGUUGCAAAAGGCUAUCGUAACUUCAUGCAACCCCCUCUCCCUGACCUAUAUGAAGGAUCCAGCAACGGGCAGGGAUCAUGGACGUCUUCAAUUGCAGAGCAUUCCGAUGCUAGCCCUCGUCCAUCCGAGGACCCCAAGAAUGCCUUGUUCGAGUCACCUAUCGCUGGAAAAUUUGAGGUACCAGUCACAGUGGAGGAGCGGUCAUCGUCGCCAACAUCCGAAGCUAAUGAGGAGCAUGACGAGGCAGUCCGCACCACAGCCGCAAGUGACGCUUACACAAUCGUCAACAUUGUACUACAGGAACGGUCCAGCUCCGGACUUGUAGAUCAGCAGCUCGUCGAUGAUAUAUUCGAGCGAAUAAUAUCAGAGGAACCCGAUCUUGUCCGUCCAGAGAGUGUCGAUCCACAGAGAAUUGAGGAAUUGUGUUUGCAAGAGCUUGAGUUGUACGGUAAUGCUGAUCGACCAGAGUCUGUUCGUGCGGAUAAUAUCACGGGGGAGUCCACCUUCGACGAUGAGGACGAGGACGAUGAUAACGAAGAUGAGUUUGACCAUGAUGAACGCCGACCACCGCCUCUGCCUAAGGACAGCCUGCCACCGAGCAGUUUCCGUACGCACACGUACAAGUCAAGUCUGGACAGCGCCGAAGAUUGGGCGGAUACCUCGCCUUCGGUUGGUGAUUGGAUGCAAUUUGCAUUGAACCGCUCGGAGACAGAGAAAGCGGCCCAGCCGUCACCACUCGCGCAAGAUACUGGUGACGAGGAUGAUGGCGAUUAUGGCACUGUGGCUAUUCUUCAAUAUCCAGGAGAACCUCCAGUCCCACCAAAAGACGACAUUCUUUCACCACCAUCUCAUUCUCCACCGCCACCACCGACCAAACAGAUACAUUCUCUGGAGCGGAUCUCAACGACUUCGAUCAGGGCACAACAAGUUCCAAUUUCGUCGCCGCCUGAGAUGCCUCAUCGCAUGACUUCAACUUCACAAAUGGCCACUCGACGAGCUACACAAGAAUCCAGCAAUCUCGCACCAAGUCCUGCUCAAGAUGAGCAAACGGCUGAAGCCAAGCGUCUCAAACAGCGUCGAAACAUCAUGAAGGAGCUUGUGGACACCGAAUUCACUUACGAGCGCGAUAUGAGGGUGCUUUGCGACAUUUAUAAGCAGACUGCCACCGCAGUUCUAGACGAAGAGGAUGUUAAGAUCGUUUUCGGCAACGUGGAACAGAUCCAGGAGUUUUCCAAAGACUUUUUGACUUAUCUCAAGCAGAUGGUCAAAUCUGUCUACGUUAUGGACCGGAAGAACCGCGCAACCAAUUCUCAUCUCUCUGAUCGUACGUCCAUCCGAUCGAUCUCGCCAGAUCUUACCGACGAUGAGAAGGACCGACUUACCCAGGUUGGGGUUGCUUUUGAGGCGUCGAUGGACGACAUGAGUGCUGUCUACACAGACUAUAUCCGUCAACGUCAUGCCGCAAAUAAGCGAUUAACCAUGCUUUCAUCUAUGCCAGCUGUUGCAGACUGGCUGCGGGAGUGCAGUGAAAACUCGAAAGACAUCACACAUGCGUGGAGCCUGGAUGCACUCAGCGUGAAACCUGUCCAGCGUAUCACCAAGUACCCACUGUUACUGUCGGGUUUGCUGGAAUCAACACCCGCCGAUCACCCCGAUGUCGAAGGUCUUCGCCGAGCUCUGACCGCAGUCACAGACAUCAACUUCCGCAUCAACGACAUCAAGAAGCAAACAGAACUUGUGGAUCAGGUGCUGAGUCGCAAGCGCAAAGAGUCCGAUGUGAGGAAUGGCUUGACCAAAGCCUUUGGCAGACGGGCAGAACGACUUCGCCAGCAUGUUGGUGUCAGCGAUGUUUUUGAAGACGGCGAAUAUUCUAGGCUGAAGAUGGAGUACGAUAACAACGGAGUUCAUCUGCUCAUUGUCAGCAAAGACUGCCAAGGCUAUCUGGACGCCAUCAGGGGGUGGGUGUCAAAGUGGGCCGAAAUGGCAGCCGCGGCAGAAGGGUGGGUGGAUGUAGGUCAUUCGAACUACCCCGAAGCUGAAAGCAAACUUCGACAACUUGGUAUGGUUGUCAAGGGAAUAAGCACGAUUGCGCUACCCGACCACAUUGAUCAGGUAUCGAAGAAGGUCAUCCAGCCAAUGGAGCAAGCCAUGCUGAUGAUGGAGCGCUUCAAGACUGAUCCGAAGGGUCUCUACCAAAAGCGUGACAAGAAGAUUCUUGAUUACAGCACGGCCAAGAACAAGCGUGAUCGCGGAGAAAAACUGGACCGCAAGAUGACGGAGCGACUGGAUCAAUGGGAGGCCAUCAAUAAUGAAGUGAAGCAGAGAAUGCGAAAGCUGCUGCAGGCGACGCAGACUCUUGUGCACUCUUGUCUGCACAGUCUCGUGCAGCUCCACAUGUCCUGGUUGGCGAUGAUGAAGCAGAAGCUUGCAGGUGCUAUGGCCAUCCCACUGGAGAAACUAGAGCAAGCCGACCUGGUCAAAGACUGGCAAGUGGAUUUUGAUUUCCACGAAGCCACCGCACUUACUCUCAGUAUCUGCAAUGGUGCUCUAUUAGCAGAAGCAGCCAACAUCUCGAGCUUCUUAUCGCCCGGCACCACUCUAGCGGGCGAAGACUCGCCGCGCCCAUCUUGGAACUCGGGCAAGAGAACGACAUCACUGUCAAGCGACCAUUCGCACAUGCCGCAGGAGACUUAUGUGCGUUACAGUUCCGGCCAACACAGUGCCCACGAGUUCCCGACCGAGGCUUCUUCGUUUGGUGCUGCUAAUUCUCGCAUGCGCGCCACUUCCACAACCUCUGGGCGUGCCCCAGGUCCCAAGACGCCAGAGAUGUAUAGUCGCACGCCCUCUUCGUUACACAGCUUUUCCAGGCCCGCUACCUCCUUAGGUCAAGUCGAUCGGCCGGCUCAGUCGGAGAGCGCACCCAUCAAGACCACACUGAUAUCCGCGCCACGGGUCAGUCUUGAUACGCCGUCUCCUUCGAUUGGGCCAAUAGCACCUCUUGGGACCCCUAACCGGCCUGGCAGUGCGUCGACAUUCUUCUCUGCCACUGCCGGCCCUAGUACGACAUCUCAUACUGCGAACAAUCCGUCCAUGUCGACUACAUCGACUGUGGCACCAUCAGUUUCAACAGGCACCACAGCUGGUCCUCCUGCCCAAGGCCAAGCAUCGUCCGCAUCUAGCAUCUUCUCAUCUGCAAUGCCGAUGCCGGACUCUCCUGUCGCCGACCGAGCUCUUCCUACUCAUCCACCUGGCGUCUCGCCUGGCGCUGGGGAAGAUCCAGAUGUAUUAUUUACAGCGGCCAGUGUGUACGAGUUCAACAUCGACCGGGCGCGUCAAGAGGGCGGCAUUCCGUAUCUGACAUAUGUGGCCGGAGAAAUUUUCGACGUGAUUGGGGAACGUGGAGAACUGUGGCUGGCAAGGAAUCAGGAUGAUCCCACAAAGCAAGUGGGAUGGAUAUGGUGUAAACAUUUUGCGAAACUCGCUAGCUGA